AUGAUCAACCCUUGGUACGCCGAGUACCUCCAAGCCGAGCAAAAGCGACGCUGCGCUUCCGUGAAGCACGAGGACCCCGAAACGGACAAUGAUGUACCUCUGGCGCUCAAUGGAAGAAAGCUUCCCAAGGCGUCGGAAACGGCUAUAGGUGAAAAACCUGGUUCUGACGUGCCUAUCGAAAGAAAUCUCGCCUCUUAUAAGAAGAAGAUUCAGCAGAAGGCAAAGAAGGAGGCGAAAGUGGCUCAUAAAAAAGCCUCUCCCUAG